AUGCCACGCAUUCCUCACGAGGAGUUAUCCGAGCACUUUUGCUAUGCAUGUCGUCAUGUUGUUUAUCACCUCAGUCAAGUUCAGGAACCGUCACAGGCGCUGGAUGGAACCGUUCGCGUGUUUCUCAGUCAGCAAGCAACCCGCUGGGUGGAAAUUUGUCUGAGAAUGGAACGCUACAUUAGUAUCUCAUCGCUCCCGAAGUGGGCUAAGUUGUUUGUUGAACAGCGGUCAAAAGAUGCUAUCCGCACGCUGGCCGAUGUGCUCGCCCGCCUUCAGCCAAAUUUUGAAUUUUUCUCAAGAUUCCAGGAAGCAUACGAGGUAGCAAACGAUUCGGUUGAACUCUGGCGUUACCUUGUUUCUGUGGACUCAGGAUCCUACACCCUAGAUUUGGCCCAAUCACUUUCCAAUUUGUCCUUAGCUCUUUCCGAUCUUGGGCGGUAUUCCGAUGCGCUCCCGAUCAUCGAGGAAAGCGUUCAACUCUGCCGUCAGCUGGUUGUCAUUCAGCCAAGAUUGUACACCCCAGAUUUGGCCGCAUCUCUCAACAAUUUAUACACCGUUCUUUCUGAUCUUGGACGGCACCAUGAGGCGCUCCCAUUCGUUGAGGAAAGCCUCCGACUUCGACACCAGCUAGUCGUCAUUGACCCUAUAUCAUACACCCCAGAUUUGGCCUCAUCACUCAAUAAUUUAUCUAGUGCUUUUUCCAAACUCCGACAGCACUCCGAGGCACUCCCAUACAUCAUGGAAAGCAUGGAGCUCUACCGUCAGCUGGCUGCUGAUCACCCCGAAUCAUACAUUCCAGAUCUAGCCCUGUCGCUCAACAAUGUGUAUCAUGCUCUUUCCGACCUCGGACGGUACCCGGAGGCGCUUCCAUUCAUUGAGGAGAGCGUCAGACUCCGCCGCCGGCUAGUCGCCACUCACCCUACAUCAUACACCCCACACUUGGCCCGGUCGCUUUGUGAUCUUCAUUUAGCUCUUUCCAAUCUCGAACGGCACUCCGAGGCACUCCCGUUCAUUGAGGAAUGUAUCGAACUCCGACGCCAGCUGGUUGCGAUUCACCCAGGAAUAUACACCCAAGAUUUAGUCUCGACACUCACCAGUCUAUAUUUGGCUCUUUCCAAACUCGGACGGCCCUCCGAAGCGCUCCCAUUCAUCGAGGAAGGCAUCAAACUCCAGCCCCAGCUGAUUGCUGUUCACCCAGAGUCAUGUACCCCAGAAUCACCCACUUCGCUCCGUAAUUUAUAUUUAGCUCUUUCCAAAGUCGGACGGGGCGCUCUUUCCAAUCUUGGACGGCACUCUGAAGCCCUCCCAUUUAUUGAAGAAAGCGUCAAACUCCGGCGCGAGCUGGUUGCCAAUCACCCAAGAUCAUACAUCGUAGAUUUAGCCACGUCACUCUCCCAUCCAGCAUCAUACACCCUAGAUUUGGCCACGUCACUCAGCUAUCUAUAUUCAAAUCUUUUCACUCUUGGACAGCACUCCGAGGCGCUGCCGUUUAUCGAGGGAACCGUCAAACUCUGGCGCGAGCUAGUUGCCGUCCACCAGAGGCUGCACACACCAAAUUUGGCCACGUCACUUAGCCAGCUAUACCUCAGUCUCUCCAUACUUGGACGGCACUCGGAAGCACUCCAAUUUAUUGAAGAAAGUGUCAGGCUCUACCGUCAGCUAGUUGCUGCCCACCCAGGAUUAUAUACACCUGGUUUAGCUUCAUCACUCGACAAGUUAUGUACCUCUCUCUUCCGCCUUGAACGGUACUCAGAGGCGCUCCCAUUUGUCGAAGAAAAUACCGGACUCUACCGCCAACUAGUUCACAUUAACUCAGAAUUGUACACUCCAAUUUUGGCCAAGUCGCUCACUAUUCUGUCCCUCGUUCACUCCGAACUUAGGCAGUAUCCUGAGGUGCUCCCAUUCAUCGAAGAAAGCGUCGAACUCUACCGUCAGCUAGUUGCUACUCAUCCCGCAUCAUACGACGCAGAGUUGACCACUUCACUCAAAACCCUACAUGAUGCUUUUUCCAAACUCGGCCGUCAUUCCGAGGCAGCAAUGGUUGAUCUUUGA